AUUAGAGUUUAUACACGCAUCGUUGUUUUAUACAACAGAAAAUUGUGAGAAAACUGUUAUAACAUCAUCUUGAAAAGUAAUCUGAUGAUUAAUAUAUUCAAUUAUUGAUUUAGCAGUCGAAUCGAGCCGAAUGUUAAGUGCUCCACAGGUUAUAUUCCUUAGGAAACAUUUAAUGUCAACUACUGUUACUUCAUUUCAAUAAAUAUUUAUUUUUUAUUAUAAAUAUUUAUAAUGGAAACUAAACCAAAAAGUGAACAUUUGCUAGAAUUGAAAGUGAUGAGAUUAACAAGACCCACACUUGCAAGUCCAGUAGUUGUUACAUGUGAUUCAACAGACCUUCCUGGCAAUACAUUAAAUAAUGAGCUUAAAAAUGAUUGUACUGCUUUACAAGGAAUGGAAACUCUUGCAGUAGGACAGUUUAUGGUAUUACCACAAAGUUUUGGGAAUAUUUAUUUAGGUGAAAUAUUUUCAAGUUAUCUUUGUGUACAUAAUGGAAGUAAUCAGUUAGUAAAAAAUGUAACUGUUAAAGCAGAUUUACAAACAAGUACUCAAAUUAUUCCUCUUUGUGGUAGUAAUGGAGAAAUGAAAGAUUUAGCACCUGAUAAUACAGUUGAUGAAGUAAUACAUCACGAAGUAAAAGAAAUAGGAACACAUAUACUAGUAUGUGAAGUAACUUAUACGUCUACAAAUUUAGGAGGCAUAUCUCAAUCGUUUAGAAAAUAUUUUAAAUUUCAAGUAGUUAAGCCAUUAGAUGUAAAAACAAAGUUUUAUAAUGCAGAGUCAGAUGAAGUAUAUUUAGAAGUUGAAAUACAAAAUCUCACAGCAGGGCCAAUAUGUUUAGAGAAAGUUUCACUUGAGUCAUCUCAUUUAUUUAGUGUAUCAACAUUAAAUACAAAUGAAAAAGGUGAAUCCAUUUAUGGAUUAGUUAAUUUAUUAGAUACCGAUUGCAGUAGACAAUAUUUAUAUUGCUUAAAACCGCAGUUAAGUUUAUUGAAAGAUCCGAAAAUGAUGCAUAAUGCAACAAACAUUGGUAAAUUUGAUAUUGUGUGGAGGAGUAACUUAGGAGAAAGAGGAAGAUUACAAACAAGUCAAUUACAAAGAACGGCGCCUGAAUACGGCGAUAUAAGAGUUACUAUGAAAGAUAUUCCUUUAACAGUUUAUCUUGAACAAUCAGUUAAUUUUAAUUGUCACAUCAUUAAUACGUCGGAAAGAAGUAUGGAUUUAAUGUUGAGCUUGGAAUCGAAUGAAUCUAUAGCAUGGUGUGGAAUAUCUAACACAACAAUAGGAACAUUAAAACCUGGAGUAUCAAUAGAUAUUCCUUUAUGCUUAAUUCCAUUACGUAGCGGUAUCAUUAUCAUUUCAGGAUUAAAAUUAGUAGAUACAUUUUUAAAGAGGGUGUAUGAUUACGACGGUUUAACGCAAAUAUUUGUCAGUCAAAAAGACUAAUUUGUUGUUUUAUAAAUUAAUAAAAAUAUAUUUAUUAAA